UUUAUAAAAAAGUAGUCUCAUGCAUGUUGAAAAUAUAAUUUUAAUUCCAUUGCAUGUUUCAGAAUUCUCAGUCGUAAUCCUCUGACAACUGUUGAAGAUUCAUAUCUUUUUAAAUUGCCAGCAUUAAAAUAUCUAGACAUGGGAACAACUCAAGUAUCACUUUCGACAAUUGAGAAUAUCCUCCUGAUGACUCUUGAAUUGGAAAAACUGAUCUUACCUAGCCAUUUGGCCUGCUGCCUCUGCCAGUUUAAAAAUAAUAUUGAAGUUGUCUGCAAGACAGUGAAGCUGCGAUGUGACAGUGCAUGUCGGACAAACAAUACACGUUGCCUUCAAGAUGCAUCUGUAGGGAAUGCAGAAGGAUCAUUCAUGAAGGUGUUACAGGCCCGGAAGAAGAACACUAGCACUGAGCUUUCUAUUGAGCCUGAAAAGCCAGCUUCAGAUAAAAAUGGUGUCACCUUUUCGGGAUUCUUAAAUGAACAGCUAGACUUCAAUGAUGAAAGUGAUGUUAUAAGUGCAUUAAAUUACAUAUUGCCAUAUUUCUCAGAGGGAAAUCUAGAAGACGUAGAGUCAACAUUAUUACCAUUCAUUAAACUGCUUUUUUCAAACGUACAAGAUGGAGGUAAUGCCAUGGAAUAUUUGAAGAACAAUACAAAGAACUCCUCUCUUUCAACUGCAUCCAACAAUUCAACUUAUAAAAACAAAUUAAAGAAGCUUCAUUUUCUGGAAAAUUUGUUAGAUGCAGAAAUUCAGGAAAAAAUUGAUGAGGUGAAAAAAAAAGAAAAAACUGCCAUGCUUAUGCAAUCUAGGCUUUUAGGUCCCAAAUUUAAACGCCAAAUCUUUCAAAAGAAAUUGGAAACUGCCCAACCACAGGAAAACAGCCUAGCAGAGAUUGAGAGUACAAAGAAAAGGCUGCGGAGAGUAAACAGAGUCAUCAAGGGGCCGAAGGGCAUACGGAAAAGACACCUCAAUGAAAUGAGAAAACAGAGUAUGGGAAGGAAACAGAGUGCCUGGGCACUUGCGGAGAAUGUUGCCCAAGAAGGCAGGCUCAGGAGACCAAUCCCAAGGGAACUAGAGCAGCUUCACAAGGUGCGGAGGAGGCCCAGGAAGUUAGUGGGAAACUCCCUCCUGGACGCUUCAUUUACAAAUGAACAUAAGGCAGCAGUCUCUUCUUUUUUGAAACAAUACUCCUUGGGCAAAUCUCCCACCUCCUCCAUUUCAAAAUUACAGCCUGAGAUUAGAAACAAAGCAAAAGACUUAACCUACACCCUUUUUGUUUUAGAAGAUGCAAAUGCUCGAGUUAAAAGCAUGAAGGCUGAUAAACCAGUCAUACGUUCCAAAAAAACUCACAGCUUUCAUAAAACUUACCCUCUUGCAGCCCACAGAAUACCCAAGGCCAAAGUGAGUCGAAAGUUCAGAAAGGAUAAUUUGCACAAUAGACUGAUGCUUGCAAAGAGGCCCCCAUUCUCUGCAAUAAGGAGCCUCAUAAAUUCCCCCCCACGAGAGGCCUUUUCAUCUUUAGGAGACCUGAAUUCUCAGGAGAAUCCUUUCUCAGGAUUAUAUGCUCUUUCAGAACCUAUAGAAAGUGUUCCUGCAGAAAACAAUACUGCAAAAAGUCCUUCUGAAGGAACUAUUUUUGAAGCAAACAUUACUGUGUUGGAUGAACCCACCUCUGAAAAUGCAACCUAUGAAAACGCUGCUGCAGAGGCUGUAGAUUCUGCUGUGACUCCUUUCAACAUAAUGCCAACUGUUCAACAAACCAAUGAGACACAAUGGGAAUACCUCAACGCGAACACUGACUCACAACCCAAGCCUGAAGACUUAUCCUACCCAUUGACGGCAUCCCCAGGUGAUCAGUUUGAAAUUCAGCUAAACCAGCAACUUCGGUCCCUCAUCCCCAACAAUGACGUGAGAAGGCUCAUUUCUCAUGUUAUUCGGACUUUGAAAUUGGACUGCUCUGAACCCUAUGUGCAACUGGCCUGUGCCAAGCUCAUCUCCAGAACAGGCCUCCUGAUGAAGCUUCUCAGUGAGCAGCAAGAAAUCAAGGUGUCCAAGGCUGAAUGGGAUACGGACCAGUGGAAAACUGAGAACUAUAUCAAUGAGAGCACAGAAGCCCAGGGUGAUAACAAAGAGCAUGAGGAGACAAGUGAGCUCACAAAAGGAGUCCCGGGAUAUGGUCAUAACAACAAACUCAUCUUGGCAAUAUCUGUGACUGUAGUGGUGAUGAUUUUGAUUAUAAUUUUCUGUGUGAUUGAGAUUUAUUCCCAUAAAACAGCAUCACAAGAUGAUGAAGAAAAGUCCUUAAGGAGGGCUUUUUCUGGUUAAGGCCACUUUGGCUUAGAGAUAUGUACAGACCUCUCAAUGCCACACGUAAGAAAAACAUGGCACAGAAGCUACAUGACAAGGACUCCUCUGAUGAGGAUGAGAUUUUCAAUAAGGAUGCUGGGUAAGGGACUGGGGGUGAUAUAAAAUUCUCAAGUGAAGAGGUAAGGAAAAGCUUAAUUGCUCCUUUCAAGAGUAACAACCUUGGCUUUGUUCUUCUCCCAGGGAUGAAGCCCCAUCACAGACCUCUGCUCCUACUGAGGGCGGAGAGUAAAUCUGUCUUGCCUCAAGCGACUGGCAAAUUUUAUUUUCUAAUAUUGGCUUCUCAUCAGUGCUUGUAAAAUACUUUUUUUUCUCAUAUUAAAAGGUACAAAAUUCACAACCAAUCCUAGCCAUGUGGUAAAAAGUAACAUGUAAAUAGUUAAAUGUGUGUAUAUAAACAACAAGGGCAUAGGCAAGUAGAGCUGGUCUAGAGCUAGAAUCCGCUAUGGCAGCCAUGCUUCUGUAAGAGGCAGUGUGUGCAGAGUUGGAAAGAGCUUCUAGGCCUCAUGCCCCAGUGUAAAUAAUCAUCUUUCAGAGGGCCAGAAAACACAUCAUCUUCAAGGAGUGUGGAUUUCUAAAUAAAAUACCAGUUGUUCUGGUGCGCUCUUUCUGGUUCAAGAACCAAUCAUUUGAAACUUAGUUGACCUCAUGCCCAUGAAGAUCUUCCACCUUCUGGCCCCUCUCAUCAGGUAUUGGGGUUGCCAGAAUAUUUGAAUCAUUGAACUUGCUGCACUGUGGGGCCAAGCUGUGCUUUUUUUCCCAAGCCUUCAAAUCAUGUGCAAACAUAUACCCUGUCUUCGUAGGGGAUUCUCCACCCUUUAAAAGCUGGUAGAAAAUUAAUAUUGGUUUAUUGGUUUUUCAUUUUUAAAAUGUUGACCCUUGGACAUCUAGCAGGAUAGGGUAAAGAACAUGCUAGAGCAGUAAUUUCCCUAGAUUUUCCUCCUUGAGCUUUUAUUUUGGAAAACAUGUAUAAAGCUACUUCUCCAUUCAUAUGGACUGCAUCAGCCUCUCCUGACCCCACUUAGGGUCACAUGUGUACUCAGCUCCCUUCAACUCCAUCCAACCCCAAACCUACCCACUUCCUGCCUCAUCCAGCACCAUCCACAACUACAGGAUUACAAGUGAUAAUUUGCAAAAGAUGCAAGCAUUCCUCCACUCCCAUCUUUAGCAACAAAGUUGGUAAUAAAUGACAUUUAGUGAUA